AUGGAAAUAGAUAUUCAUUUGUGUCUGCGUAAUUUCGCAAGCAAAAAAGAAAGAAAAAAAAGUCAACCAACCGACAGGAUUAAGAAGAAAAAAAUUCUUUGCGAAGGGGUGAAAACGACGAAUUUAAUUUCAUGUGCUUUCAUCAGAGGCGCCAUAAAACGGAGCAUGAAAAGAACAAUUCAAUAUACUUCAAAGCUGAUUAAGAGGCUCUUUUCACUUUUGCUUUUGCAUUUUCACAACGACUUUGUGUCUGUAAAUUUUAUCAGUCUUGAUAAAUUGGAAACGAAAAUUGAAUCGGAAAUAAAACAAGCUGUUGUUUGA